GUAUCCUGUGGCUCCAAGUUCUUAUGGGACAAGAUUAAAGGAAUAUCAUUAUAGAACACUUUUUCUUUCCGGUACGAGUAGGAAAAUAUCAGAAGAGAAGGAGAGUAGAAUUGCGUAGAAAAUGGGAGGCUUAUCAUUGUGGUUCACUGGUGUAGAAACUAUGGCAGAUUUGAAGGAAGUUGUAAACAGCGUGUUACUUCCAUUGCAACUUAGCCUUGGACUUCUUCUCAUCAUGAAGACGACGCCUCUUUGGGCGGUCAUACAUUGCACCCUUGCCUACUUGCUCCACUGCUUGUGUUUCCCUUACACAGAUUACAAACAGCUUGGGGAAUUCCAAGGUCGAGUCUUCAAAAAAGUGAUCUCUCAUGCCACCACAGCAGGAGAUGUGUCGAAGCUGAAAAAUCAGAAGGAUGCUCAGGAAUCUAAGAAAGAAGGGAAAUCUCAGAUUGAUGACACAGUCUCAGUGGUCUACCUGGGCAAGAAGUUUGUACUGAAGCGAAUGGAAGGCAACAAGAUGUUAAUGAAGGAUGGACCUGGUUAUUGCAUCACAGAUAAAAUGUGGGAAACUGCCAAGUACAUUGAGAAAAUGGCUUCAAAGACAGUGUUUGUGAAAAACCAUAAAGAAAUAUGGGAAGAAGUGGUCACAGGCGAUAUUAUGCAGUUUGAAGAAGUGCUGAAUUCAGUGAUACUGGACAACCGCGCUGUUAUUCGUCUGGAUCACGAUUACUUCCUGCCUGUCAACUUAUUGUUGUCGGAGGAUAAGUUGAUGACGAUUUUAAACUUCGUGGGUCUGUUCCUGAAGACUCAAAAGCAUAUUCAUUGGCUCAUUCCUGCAUCGCUAACCUUUGCAUCAGUAAGCAUGGGGUUCAGCACUAAAGUGAGGCUGUGGAUCGAUGGCUUUAUCAAUACAAUCUUGUGCAGAUCAGUACAGCUGCUGUGUGACCCACUGCCUUUGGCAAUGAGGAGGCGGGCGUAUUGUUGGGGGAACUGGGUGGAGAAUUUGAAGCCUGGUAACGACUUGCAAUCAAAGAUUGUGAGUGGUAAAGUAUGCUUGCUCGUUGCUGCAGGUGCAAAAGCUGACUCUGAAUUCUUUGCUGACUGUGAAUCCUUGGCGAGCAGAGGUGGAGGUGCAAAAGCCCACCUUGGAACCUCAACUGAGUGUGAAUCCUCGGCUGACCUUGUAAUCAUGGCUGACCAGAACUAUAUACGUGCUCUUCUUCCUGGAGGAGGGAGGAGGAUAUAAAGCUCUUCACAUUCGCUUCUAUUUGUGGAAAGGAGGAGCAUAAUAACUCGUUAAUAGCCAGUCAUUUCGAUACUACAUCUGUUGAUGUUGAGUACUGUAGCAGCAAGGAGGCCAUAAAGCUCUUCAAGUUUGCUUGUUACAUGGCAAA